ACACCGCCGAGGUCAUCGACAUGAUGACGUGCAACGUGACGUUGACAUUGAAGUUUGACAGUUUGAAUUUGCAAUAGUUGAGCUGACAGCUGGCUGGCAGGAAACGCAGGCGAAUCAUAUAACUCCAAUAGUACAAGGACCGGCUGUAAGCAGCUGAGCUGACCAUACAACGUGAAUCAGUCUAGUCCUCAGAAACGGAACUGCAGUCAAGAUAUAUGUGUACCACACACGUUUCGUGUUGAAAAUUUAUCAACACUUUAGGCACGAAAUUUCGUAAAAAUACCAUGUAGAGCGAAAGGUAGAGGUAGAGCAUAGGUUUUGUGAAGAUGUGGAUCGCGCGGUGAAAGAAGCGAUUGCAAGAUGCGGUGCGGCUGGCCAUUGGGGCGCGUGCGGCGCGAGACGCUGACGGUGGCAGCGCUAUGCGGCGCGUGGUACGUGCUGAGCUCGGCCAGCAACGUGGUGGGCAAGCUGGCGCUGGGAGAGUUCCCGUUCCCGCUAACGGUGGCCAUGGUGCAGCUGACGGCCGCCAGCGCGCUCACGGGCCCGGCGCUGGCGCUCUGCGGCGUGCGCGCGCCCGCCCCGCGCCUGCGCCCGCUGCUGCCCCUCGCCGCCGCCAAGUUCCUCACCACCCUCUGUUCACAAGUCUCCAUAUGGAAAGUGCCCGUCUCCUAUGCCCAUACAGUGAAAGCGACGACACCACUGUGGACGGCGGGGCUGGCGUUCGUGCUGUGGGGCGAGCGCGUGCCUCCACGGGUGGGCGCAGCGCUGGUGCUGAUAGCGGCGGGCGUGGGCGUGGCGUCCGCCACCGAGCUGCACUUCCACGCGCUGGGGCUGGGCGCCGCGCUGGCGGCCGCCGCGCUGCUGUCGCUGCAGCACCUGUACUCCAAGCGCGUGCUGCGCGACACGGGCGUGCACCACCUGCGGCUGCUGCAGGCGCUGUCGGCGCUCGCGGCCGCGCUGUUCGCGCCGCUGUGGGCGUGGCAGGACGGCGCCGCGCUGCUGGGCGGGGCGGGGCUGGGGGACCGCUGGCGCUACGCGGCGGCGCUGCUGGCGGCCGACGGCGUGCUGGCGUGGCUGCAGGCCGUGGCCGCCUUCAGCGUGCUGUCGCGCGUCACGCCGCUGGCGUACGGCGUGGCCAGCGCGGCCAAGCGCGCGGCCGUGGUGGCCGCGUCGCUGCUGGUGCUGCGCAACCCGGCGCCGCCGCUCAACGUGGCCGGCAUGGCGCUGGCCGCGGCCGGCGUGCUGGUGUACAACCGCGCCAAGGCGGGCCCGCAGCGGCGGGACGCGGCCCGGCGCCCGCUGCUGCCCGUGUGAGCCGCCCCACCCUACGACUUAUUGAAACGACGACGCCUAUCUGUUGAAGCGCGAUGUGACGAUUUACAAGAAAUUCGAUGCUUUAAAUCUCAUGUUUUGUACGAUAUUACAAGACCCCGGUAUGAAUAAGUGUUACAAGUGAUUAGUUAAUUAAUAGGAAUUGAUGAAUUAGGAAUUACUUAUUUUUUAUAUGUGACUUAUUUAAAAUGUUAAGCGCGUCAUUAAAGUGAUCUAUUCUAUUCCGUUACGUUACGGUAUUACAAGGUUAGUUUCAAAAAUAGAUCUGGACUUUGUGACUGCAAACUAAAUAAUCAGACAAAUCUAAAAUACAAUAUAUUUUUAUAAGUUUCGAGCCAACUUUACAUAAUUAUAUUAAAUAUAUUAAAAUAAAAGGCAGUCAAUAUUAGGCCAAAAAAAUUGGUUCAAGACUUAUAAUCAUAACUAGUUUUUUUUUUAUGU